GCACCCUACAACCCCCAUCACGGACCCUUUUCUUAAAUCUCUGGAGGAACUUAUAAAGGUCCGCCAAGAUGAGAGUCGAAACAUGCCACUUCUGCUCUCGCCCGGUAUACCCUUCCAAGGGUAUCCAGAUGGUUAGACUGGAUGGGAAAGCCUUCCGAUUCUGCCGAUCAAAAUGCCACUCCAACUUUAAGCUGAAGAGACAGCCACGAAAACUCAAGUGGACCAAGGCUGGCCGCGCAGCCAACGGCAAGGAGAUGAUCGUCGACUCGUCGCUUGUCCUAUCCCAGUUCGCAAAGAAGAGAAAUGUCCCCGUCAAGUACGACCGGAAUCUUGUCGCUUCAACGGUCAAGGCCAUGGAGCGGGUGGAGGAGAUCAGAGGACGCAGAGAACGGGCAUUCACGAAGCGCCGCUUGGCGGGCAAGCUUGCGCGGGAACGCAAGCGCGAGGCGGACAGGAAGGUUGUUGCGGAGGGCGAGCAUCUUAUUCGCAAGGAACUCCGCGAGAGAGAGGAGGGAAGACCGCUCGUCGAAGAGGGCGCAAAGGUUGCCAGCAAAGUCCAUGGAGAGGAGAGACUCCGGCAGAAGAAGAAGACCAGGGUCUUGGUGGAUGGAACCACACAGGACGAGAUGGACAUGGAUUAGACUUUUACUUGGACAUUUUCUUUUGUUUCUUCUAUUUUACGAUGGAGUUUGGUUCGUUUCAUACCUGGGCCUUUGCCAAAAAGCUGAUUCAUGAUGCACAUUUCAUGCGGAUAUCACACCAUAUUUCCUACUUUUACUGAAGGCAUAAUAAAUGAGAAACGUCAUCUUGCCAGCAACUGUGCAGAAUCAUGUCUCUGAGCAAUUUAGACCAGAAGCUGGAAUACAUACUUAGUUGCCUAGACCAACACCGAAAAGCCUGACCAAAACCGGGUUCGAUUUUCAAUCAACAACAUUUCCAAUCAGGC